AUGUCCAUCUCCCCCAUCAUCACCUUCAAGGCUGGUCAAUGCCUGGUUGACAGCUCGUCGAAACCGUACAAGGUCACGCCCCAGGAGGAUCCAGGCUACAUCUAUUUAUACUCGGAGGACGGUGAGUUGUGUCCCGCCAAGCCUCUGCCGACGGGCUUCCCUUCCCCACGUGCUAACAAGCGGUUAUCAGAGCUGAUACACUUCUGCUGGAGGAAGCGCGAUGUGCCCCUUACCGACCCUGAACUGGACCUGGUAAUGGUUCCCACGGACGGCAGCUUUGUCCCCUACGAAUACAAGACGACGCCGCAGCCGACGUCCAAGACGAACGGUCGCAUAUUCGUCCUCAAGUUCAGCUCGUCGUCAGAGCGCCACCUGUUCUGGCUUCAGUCCAAGCCCCAGAGCCGCAAUGGAGACCCAAGCUGGUUCAGCCCGCGCGACCGCAAGAUUGGCGACAUUGUAAACCUUCUGCUCCAGGGUGAAGAGGUUGACGUCACACGUGAGCUAGCCAACGUCCGCAACACCGAUGACCAGCCGGACGACGAGGACGAGGCCAUGGAGGACGCCGAGGGCGAGCGUGGCUCCCGUGAUCACGGCGCUGGCGGCGCUGGCCCGGAUGCCACCGGAGGAGAUGUCAGAGAGGAGGGUGAGAGCUCGAGAGAGGGAGGAGCCGACGGAGCACGAGCAGCCUCUACUGGUGCCCCUGAUGCUUCCGAAGCCGUCAGGAACUUCCUGGCAUCCCUUCAAGGCCAGCCCGGCAUGUCGACAGGAGGGCAGCAGCAUCGCAGCCAGUCCGCAGAUAAGCCGUACCCUCACCUGACACACCUGCUCCCAACGUCCAUCACGGUGCCCAUGGUUGACAGCCUCGCCACCAGCAACCCCGAGCGCCUAGACGUCCUCCUCAGCUUUCUCCCCCCCGCUGUCAUCGUACUCUCCGGCAACAACCCGAAUGCGUACGACGGCAAGAACGAGCCUUCCGCUGAGGCGGUCGAGGCAGCCAAGGCCUCGUUGUCGCUUGAUCGCAAGAAAAUUCUCCUCAAGAAGGUCCUUAGGAGCCCCCAGUUCAGUCAGGCGCUAGGAAUCCUAACACAGGCCCUGCGUGACGGUGGGCUUCCUGGUAUUGCGGAUGCGCUGGGCAUCAAGGUCCAGAACGGAGGAUACCUGGCCAACGGCAGCAUGCCCAUGGGCGGUGGUCAGGCUGUGGAGGCCUUUGUGGAGGGCGUGAAGAGCAAGGUCCGCGAAGAGGGGAAUGAAUGA